GGACCAUCGAUAGCUCAGCGCUCGGCGUCGGCCCCGAUCGACUCUCUCCCGCUCCUCUCGCCGUCCUGGAGCGCGGCGGAGCGCGGAGCCGCGCGUGAGGGCGGGGCGACGCCACCCGCUGCCCGUAGUGCCCGUCCAGGGGACUGCCCAGGCCCUGCACGGCUCUCCUCCAGAUGCUGUAACCUUUGACUCCCGCCCCGCGGGGCCCGGCGUAGUCCUCGGGCAGCCACCAUGAACACGUCCCCAGGCACGGUGGGCAGUGACCCGGUCAUCUUGGCCACGGCCGGCUAUGACCACACGGUGCGGUUCUGGCAGGCUCACAGCGGGAUCUGCACGCGCACGGUGCAGCACCAGGACUCUCAGGUGAACGCGCUGGAGAUCACGCCUGACCGCAGCAUGAUCGCUGCUGCAGGCUACCAGCACAUCCGCAUGUACGACCUCAACUCCAACAACCCCAACCCCAUCAUCAGCUACGACGGGGUCAACAAGAACAUCGCGUCUGUCGGCUUCCAUGAGGACGGCCGCUGGAUGUACACGGGCGGGGAGGACUGCACCGCCCGCAUCUGGGACCUCAGGUCGCGGAACCUGCAGUGCCAGCGCAUCUUCCAGGUGAACGCGCCCAUCAACUGCGUGUGCCUGCACCCCAACCAGGCCGAGCUCAUUGUGGGCGACCAGAGCGGCGCCAUCCACAUCUGGGACUUGAAAACUGACCACAACGAGCAGCUGAUCCCUGAGCCGGAGGUGUCCGUCACCUCUGCCCACAUCGACCCUGACGCCAGCUACAUGGCGGCCGUCAACAGCACGGGGAACUGCUACGUCUGGAAUCUGACGGGGGGCAUCGGGGACGAGGUGACCCAGCUCAUCCCCAAGACCAAGAUCCCGGCGCACACCCGCUACGCCCUGCAGUGCCGCUUCAGCCCCGACUCCACGCUCCUGGCCACCUGCUCUGCGGACCAGACCUGCAAGAUCUGGAGGACGUCCAACUUCUCCCUGAUGACGGAGCUGAGCAUCAAGAGCAGCAGCCCCGGGGAGUCUUCCCGGGGCUGGAUGUGGGGCUGCGCCUUCUCCGGGGACUCUCAGUACAUCGUCACAGCCUCCUCCGACAACCUGGCCCGGCUCUGGUGCGUGGAGACUGGGGAGAUCAAGAGGGAGUACGGCGGCCACCAGAAGGCCGUGGUCUGCCUGGCCUUCAACGACAGCGUGCUGGGCUAGCCUGCGCCCCUCCACUGGUCCUGGCAAGGAGAGUCGGGGCGCGGGGCCGGCCUGGCAGGAGGCAGCAGCUGGCUGGACCCGCCCUGCUGCCGGGGUCCCAGAGCCCCUGUGGUGCCACCGCCUGGCUUGGCACCCUCCAGGGCCCCUCAGCCCCCCAAUCCUCAUGUGGGUAUAACGGGGCUCAAGUGCCUGCCUGGGCCAGCCUGCUGCACGCU